AAUAAGAUACUGUGAUGUGAUAACUGCAAGUACAGAUUUUUAAACAAAUUAAUUAAAACACCCGAUUUUGCAAACAAUCUAAAUUAAAUUUGCUUUAAUCGGACGCUUAGUUUCAGUUAAAAUAGUUGUGAUACUUCAAAACCUAGUGCUACUGUUAGAAGUUUAGCGUCUUGGUCAACGUAAAUAUGGACGAAUUGAGUUGCAAAGAGGAAAUCUUUGAUGUGAGUGAUAUUGAACCGUCUGCAAGCGAAGAUACAAAGAUAAAUGAGGGGAAAAUUAAAAAGAAAAGGACGAGGAGACGCCGAGAAGUUGAUUUGAUGUCGGAGGGUGAUGAAACUGAGGAUGAGGGUCUGAACAAGAAGCUGUACCGCAGGCUGAGUCCAGCUCCAGGGCCUCACUCACCAGCCUCGCACAGGGAGCCUAGGACCUGUGUGCUUAAAGCUAGCCAGAAGCGCCGGCCGCUGUCUCGUCUCCUGGAACAGCUCCUGCGCAACUUGGAGAAACGCGACCCGCACCAGUUCUUCGCGUGGCCCGUCAACGACAACUUCGCGCCCAACUACUCCGUAAUCAUCAAGAGGCCGAUGGACUUCUCCAGCAUCAAGCAGAAGAUCGACGACAAUGAAUACAGAUCGCUCAAUUGUUUUAUUAGCGACUUCAAGCUGAUGUGCAACAACGCCAUGAAGUACAACAAGCCGGGCACGGUGUACCACAAGGCGGCCAAGCGCCUGCUGCACGCGGGCCUCAAGCAACUCACGCCCGCCAAGCUGCGCCCGCUCGGCGACAUCCUCACCUACAUGUACGAGAUCCCCAUCCGCGAGCUGGGCUUCGACAUCGGCAAGAUGGACGUGCAUAAGGUGCUAAAGCGCAGCAGCCCUCUGAAGAGCGGGGGCUCGGAGGCCGAGGUGGUGUCGGACGGGCCGGACCGCCAGGACGGGGACAGCGUCAAGAUACAAAUGGAGCUGGCCCGGGAGCAACAUCGCAAACGCCUCGCUAAGAAAGCGUUUCCCCGGAUGGAUGCGGAAGGCAAAACCACCUUGAAGCUGGUCACCCACACGGUGGAGGGCGUCGGCGACGACAAGCCCAUGACGCUUGGCCAGUACGUCGGGAAGCUCGCGCAGGGCACUGGCUCCUUGCACACGACUCGCGAGGACCGGCGCAACAUGGCUAAAUGCGUGAAGCCACUGCACUACGGACCAUUCAGUUCCUACGCGCCCGCCUACGACGGCACCUUCGCUACGCUUACUAAGGACGAGUCACAUCUCAUAUACCACACGCUAGCAUCAGAAACGGGUCAGGGCAACGAGGAGAUGCUGCGUUUCGCGCCCGACUCGCCGUGGCAACACAUCUACGAUAUGGAGGCCAUGUUCCCCGACAAAAAGGCGCAGCAAGAGCCCACCACGCCGAAGGAAGACAACGAGCUGGCGGCGGUGCGCGUGGACGUGGCUGCGCUGCGCUCGCUGGGCGCGCUGGGCAUCGACGUGGACUUCCUCAGCGAGAUCGAGGACGACGUGCUGCAGGCGCAGCGCGACUACGGCAUCGGCGCCGCGCUGCGCCACACGCUACGCCUGCUGGCCGCGCUGGAGCACGAGCAACGCGAGCGGCUGUCGGGCGCGCCGCCGUGGCACCUGUCGCAGUGCGCGCGCGCCGGCGGCUCGGAGCGCGAGGCGGCGCGGCUGGCGGCGGCGUGGCUGCGCGGCAUGGUGGCGCGCGUGCCGCCGCACGCCGUGGCGCCGCUGCCCGCCGUGCGCGCCGCCAUGGGCGUCACCCUCGAGCACCUGGACACACCGAUGGCCGUGGACGACUUCGAGAUGGAGAUGAACGAGCACCGCGACACCGUGUCAGACCCCGACUCCCGCUCCAGCCACGACAAAUGACAGACAAACACUGUAGACGAAUAUUAAUUAUAAAAUUACUUAAACUUAAGACUAACCACGUUAAUGAUAAUUAUACGUUUUCA